AUGAACAAUAAAAUUUUGUUUGCCGAGUUUGGAAAAUUUUCCUCACGGCCCAAUUUUCAGAUCUGUCAUGAGUUCUCCUUGACCACAGGCAAAUGUGGGCAUGAGAGUGCCUUGUCGUCAGAAGAAAUCAUCAAAGCGGCGGGCGCUCUGUACAUGCAUGCGUGUGGUGAGGAGGGCCUCAAUCUGGACUACACUGUCUCCGUUCCUGUGCUGUCCAGAGAAGAGCAGAACGGGCUUGAUUUGAUUCAUUUUCUUUUGGGCUUGGCCGAGUUAGUCGAUAAGCAGCGGUAUGAAGAAGGGUCCAGGAUGCUAAGCGAAUGCAAGAAAUUCUCUUCCCAGAUGGGGAGCCCCAUAGAGAGGCUCUGCUAUUAUUGUUUCGAAGCUCUCCAAGAUAGAAUAGAAUGGCAUACCUGCAGUGACCCAAAUAAGGGGAAACCAAUAAUCACUGAUUUUUCCAACAAUUGGAGAAGUGAUAAUGGGAAAAGUGGAAUUUAUUCUCUAGGCGCUCUCUGUACUAGGGCACUUCCAUAUGCCCAAAUCCUACAAUUCACGACCGUCCAGGCUAUCCUUGAUGGCGUGGGGCAUGGAGACAGAAUUCAUGUGAUUGAUCUGGGAAUUCUAACUGGGUCCCAAUGGACAGCACUGAUUCAGUCCCUUGCUCUAAGAUUUUCUUCCUCUUCUUCUUCAGUUAAGCAUCUCAAGAUCACAGCUGUUGGAGUGAACUCCGAUGAGCUAGAAGAGAGUGGAAAAAGGCUUACAGAGUUUGCUAAAGCUAUGGCCAUCAGCUUUUCAUACUGUUCAGUCAAGAUCUCAAGGUUGGACGAUAUCGACGAAGGUUUGUUCAAAGUUAAAGCUGGUGAGUUCGUGGCAGUGAAUGCUCCCAAUGUUUUCAGAAGUUUGUUAUAUGAUCCUAGUCUUCUCGGAAAGACUGUUAAUGUAAUCAAGAAUUUAAUCCCCGACAUUUUAGUGGUUUCCGAAGUAGAAGCUCAGCAUAAUUCCCCCUCUUUUGCGGAUCGCUUCCUUGAGGUGCUUUUCUAUUACAGCGCUCACUUUGAUUGUUUGGAGGCUAUGCUGCCGGAUAGAAAUGACUUGAAAAGGGUCAAUUUUGAAGAAGUCUGUUAUGGGAGUCAAAUAAGAAAUAUGAUAGCCUACGAAGGGGGGUACAGGAGGGUGAGACACGUUAAAAUGGAUAAGUGGAGAUCCUUUUUCCAACAGGCGGGAUUUAAAGAAAUGGAUUUCAGCUAUCGGGCUUUGUAUCAGGCAGGACUAUUGCUUAAGCAAUAUGAUAAUGCGGAACGUUUUACUAUAGAGUCGAAUGGAUCUGCUAUAACUAUAGGGUGGAAAGGAGCUCAGUUGCAUACACUGUCUUUAUGGUCUUUUAACAAAAGCCACAAUGGUUAG